AUAGUUGUUGCUCGUGCUCUUCGUCCUAGAAACAGUGAAGUGCAGUGGAGUAAGAAGGGGGAAGCGGUGCAAAUAUAUAGUUUAAGGUUUUAUUUACAUUUUCCGCCGGAAAAAUGUCACAUGCCAACUUAUUUCUUAAAGCUGGAUAUUUACGUGCACCUUUUGGCCUAGGCAUUGGCCGCUAUGUAUGCCAGCUUCAAAGGGUAACAUUAAAGUUUUGUAAGAACCAUGGUGCGAGUAUGGGACUUAGGAAGUUCUUGGAAAAUGAUUUAAUCGACUAUGCAAAGGAGAAUCCUGGAGUUGUAGUGUAUGUUAAGCCAAGGAGACAUAGAUCUCCAGUUAUAAAAGCAGAAUAUUUGAAUGGAGAGACACAGUGGAUGGGUGUUGCCAAUUAUAGCCGCGAAGAUAUUUUUCAGUGGAUGCAAUUAUUAAAGACACAAUAUCAUGAUGGAACUUCUAUUCGGUUAAUGAAACUGUGGCGUACAGACUUUCCUUCUAUUCAAGGGCCUUGGACGCCUUUCACUUUUAAGGAACCUUCUGUGAAUCACACACAGUUACCAGAUAAACAGCUGAGUGAGUUUAUACACCAUCAGCCUACAGCAACAGAAGAAGUGAUCAGAUUAUUUAAAGAACAACAAGAAAAUGAGAAAAUGGAAGGAGAAAAAAAGGCUGCAGAAAGUCUUGGUUAA